UUGGAUAUUCUGUGAUUGAAUAACUUCCACAAGGAAAUUCAUUCACCGCAAUCGUCAAGGCAGCUUACCACGCAUUCUUCUGUUUUUAAUCCCAUUGUAAAGAAAGUGUUUGGCGAUAAUUUGCUCUUUGGAUACGCAGCACGGAAAUAGUUGCACGGCAUACGAAUUAGUAUUGAAUUACUUAUUGAAACCGCAACGCAAGUGCAUUUCACCCAUAUAUUUUGAUACGGCAAACGAAACAGACGCAACACACAACAAAUGGCUCCAAAACGUCAUUUGGUCGUUGGCAAUAUGGAACACACCGACCAGAAAAAUACUUACCAAACUAUGAACCUCACUUAAUACGACAAUUGGAUAUGGAGCAAACGGAAUCGAUCACAAGAAGUCAUGCUGGGUGACACAUUUCGAAAAGCCUAUUUCCAUCCGAACUGGUGUAAAGGGACGGCUGCUGUGCGUGGAAAUCAUGCGAUAAACAGUUGCCGACACUAUUGGGAAAUUCAUGUGUCGCAUCGUGUUUUUGGCACGAGCAUGAUGUUCGGCGUUGGAACGGCCGAUGUGCGGUUGCAGGCAAAUAAGUUUACGAACAUGUUGGGCGAAGAUGAGAAUGGAUGGGGUCUGAGUCAUAAAGGCUUACUAUGGCACGGUGGCAUUGCAUACAAAUUCACCGAUCGAUUCGUGGAGAAUGCGGUGGUAAUUGGUUUAUUCUUUGACGGUAUCAACGGAACACUGACCUAUUACAAAGAUGGCAAGUGUUUGGGUGUUGCUUUUCGUGGUUUGAACAAAGUUGAAAAGCCACUGUAUCCGUUCAUCAUAUCGACGGCAGCUAAAACUGAAAUGGUUGUGAGCGAAACGCGACGCGAUUUUCCCGACCUGAAAGAUCGAUGUAGAGGCGAAAUUAUGAAGCACAUCAAAAAUAAAUCAGACCUAGUCAAAUUGGAAAAAUUGUUACCCACCGUUGUACUGGAAUACUUGUCAGAAGCAUUUUAUGAUGAACGACCUCUUACUCCCGUCGAUAAUUACGAUCAAUACAAAGUGUAAAUUUUGUUGUUUUUCCUUUCAAACAUUCCCUGCAGUUUUUUCGUUUCAUUUCUAGUUCAAUAAUCGAUAUUGAAACUGACAACGGUGGUAUCGUCAACCAGUAGCUAUACGAGCUAAAUCUAGUCAUUAAAUGUUUUACUUAAGUAAAAUUAAAAAGAACAAUAACAGAAAUAAUAAAUAAUGUGAUUGUGUAUGUUUUAUGAAUAAUUAAUCCCGAAUUAAUGU